CAAUCAAUUUACCCAAAUAACAACAGAACUAGGACUACGAAACAGUAGUUCUCUAUAAAAACCAAAAGAAAAUUAUUCAACCAUAAAAAAAAAGUGUUUACAGUGCCGUACCGUAUUCCGAACUGUUCAGUUGUAAACAAAUGAAAAUGAAUGGAGACAUUCCGCAAAAAUACAAGGUUAGACCUCCAAAUUUCAAGUUCCGGGAUAAACGACAAUUAAGUGACGAAACAAGAUAAAUUGAACGGAUAAGGCUACCAGUUUUACACAUUUAAGCUCUUAACUUAUGUGUGAAACGGUUGACUUUUGGGGACUUAUUUUAGUCAGCCCUUAUCUUUUGUUAUUUCAACAUACGAAACGUUAAAUCUCUCCUCCGAGCUCACUGAGAUAAUAACAUUUGCCUCAAUACGCCCUUGGAGGAGCAACGUAAUAGGUGACGAUUGACUUCCUUCACCCUGAGCAUUACAACCACUGCUGAGAUCUAUCCGAACACAGUGAGUGUCGGAGCUCGUUGAGCAGCGCAGUUCUAGCCCAACGUGGUUUGAAAUUGCAGACUUACCUAGAAGAUUUGGUUUUAAAUUAACCUGAUUAGUAUUGAUAUCUACCUGAAAACGUACAUCAUUAUUCACUGGGUUUUCGCAAUGAAAUCGAUGAGAUCAGAACUCGUUCCUAGACUUACAGUAAUCGUACUCUUCCUCCUAUUGCUGAUUGGUGGCAUCGGCCUGACGGAAGCGAUCGACUGUGGCCGUUGCGUAUGCACCAAGAAUGUUGCUACCGGGUAUCAGAAUGUCCUUUGUCUUGGAAUUCCGUUCACAGAAAUCAAGUCGAUAUUCGCUGGAAACACUGGAUUUGUCGAUAUCAAUCGGUUCGAUGUCGUCCCAGAAGUGUGUGAUUCCAUAAUCCCAGCGAAUUUGCUGGGCAACCAUCGUGCACGGAUCAUUCACCUGGCCAGUUGCGGAAUAAAUCCCAUGGAAAUCCAUUCUGAUGCUUUCAAGACAUCAAUGAGAACUACAGAAGAAUUUACCAGUUUUGUUUGCGAUGUUGGCAAGUUGACGUGGUCUUUCCUCAAUGGAUUUACUAGUCUGAAUUUCCUACAACUGGAAGGUGUCACUAAAAUUCAAUCACUGGGAUCUCUUCCAUCACUUCCCAGCCUUAAACGGUUCACUAUUACCAACUGCCAAGGAUUUGCACCUCUGAGUUUCCCGGGGACGUCGUUGACUGGAUUGCAGACUCUCAUCAUGACCGAUAAUGGCGCAGAACUGACGAAUGAAAAGCUCGAUUCCAUCCUGGCGACAUUGGUUAAUGCCAAAAGUUUCCAAGUGUUAAAAUUGACAAAUAAUACGGGUAUGAGCCGCAUCCCGAGCGCAUUAUCUGUGCUAUCCGCUUUACAUACGCUGGAUCUUUCACUGUGUUCGAUUCCGAUAGUGUCAUCAAGUUCCCUUUCCUUCACCGCUCCGGCCGUCAAAGCGCUAAACCUUGAAAAAACUUCAUUAUCAACCAUCGUUGACAAUACGUUUAACAAUAGAUAUUACGGGAAUGCAAAAGUCCUCCUCGACGGCAACAACUUGCAAGAAUUCCGUUCAUCCAUCUACUUCAAAAUCCUGGUGGAUAUGAAGACUGCAACGACCGGAGAGAUUGGCAGCCUCUCAGUCACAAACAAUCCAAUCAAAUGUGACGAUUGUCAACUAGCCUGGCUCAUUCGCGAUUCUCGAGAAUUGCUUCCAUUCGUUAACGGUGCCUGCUCUAACGGGACGAAUUUUAGGGAUCUCAUUCCUAGUUGGUACGACGACCAAUCCUGCGAUACCCUCACUACCACGCCACUACCGACAACGCUGACGUCGAUCUCUACGUCUAUCGAACCAACAUCUACGAGUGAAAGUACUAGCACUGCAGCAACCAUCGAUCCCGUGUCAACGACUGCGUCCCCGACAUCUACCAUGACUACUGAAUCGCCAACAUCCGUUACAACACAGUCAGGUAGUCAAGUGUAUCCAACGUCUACUGGUAAUACGGGUGGAAGUACUGGCCUUGGGGAAACUACCUCGUCGACGAUAGGGGUUCAGACAACGACGACGAGCAGGCCUACCAGCGGCGCAACAUUGCCAUCAAUUUCGUCGACUGGGUCCGGAUCCACAAACAUCUCUACACUAGCCCCACCUGACGCAGAGAGCUACGACACCUUAUUUUACAUUCUCUACGGCAUCUUGGGUGGUAUUGGCUUGAUUUUAAUCAUCGGUUUCGUCUAUCUAGGCUGGAUGCUCGCCAGGAGACGAAAGGCAAGGGCAAGAAGCAGCGACGUCUCUUCCCUCAACUCUUCCAUCGCUCCUGGGUUGCAUCCCGUUCCGGACCCGCUAGCAGUAAAUCAUCGUGCGUCAUACGCCCCGAUGAAUGAGCCUGUUCCGCCACGUACCGCUUCCAAUAACUUUAAUCAACAUCCGACUGGAAAACAGUAUCAUAAAGCUACAGCUACCAUUAUCACGCCUUAUCGUCCAACAUCUUCAGCACACCAACCCCCAACGGCCGAACAAAGUGGUCGAGUACGAGGACUGAAACGAGUUCAGUUUUAAUUCCGUUUCCUAGGCAGUUGGCACGAGAACAAAUAAAGCAAAUAACAUGUAAACACGUCACGUACACAUUAUUAACAAUUUUCCCAACUCUUUGACCUUUGUGUAAGAAAUGAAGCAAUAAUAAAAACCGUCGACAUUC